AAUAGGCGGGGUUUAUCCAUUUGUGGCUGUGGUAACUAGUGACGAGUUUGGGCCCUCAGCCACUAGCAGCGGCACCUUUCCAAGAUGGCAGCCAACAGUAGCAGCACGGUUAGCAAACCCAGCAACAGUACCGGGGGGAAACCAUCAGGGCCGUCGGCCGAGCAGGUCGUGGCUGCAUUCCAGAGGAUGCGCUCAGAGCAGCGCAGCAUGGCCUCCAAGGCUGCAGAGUUGGAGAUGGAGAUCAAUGAGCAUAGCCUAGUCAUUGAGACCCUAAAAGACGUAGACCCAACAAGGAAGUGCUUCCGGCUGGUGGGUGGGGUGCUUGUGGAGAGGACAGUUAAGGAAGUCUUACCAGCUCUGGAAAGCAAUAAAGAACAGAUCUCAAAGAUUGUAGAAUCCCUCAACACACAGAUGCAGUCGAAAGGCCGGGAGCUCACAGAGUACCGGGAAAAAUACAACAUCCGAUUGGUGGGAGAAGGGGAGGAAGGCCAGGGCAAAUCUGCAGCGUCCUCCAAUGGGGGCGAAGGGAGCGCGUCUAAAGGCGGUGCCGGCGUUCUAGUUUCGUAGCUUUGUGAAAAGGCUUUAGUAAAAUAGGAAAUUGUGCAGAAUGCCAUCAAGCAUCGAGUCAGCACAGACCCUGAAAGGCAUUUCAAGGGCCCGAGUUUUACGUAUGUCUUGCAUGACGGUUAUAAACCAAUGUUACAAGGGCCAGAUUCUCAAGACCAUUCAAUUGAGAUAAAUGAAGCCGUGUGUUAUUGAAUCCUUUUCACCUAUAGUUAAACAAAACUUAAGCCAACAAUUUACUUACUCUGGUUUAUUUUCUCUUCAGACAUGAACAAGCCUUUCGCCUUUUACUCGAGGCAGUGUUUCAUCAAAAUCUUACGGGAUGAUAGUUGUAUUAAACAACAUGCCUUCUUGAUGACCG